UAGCGCAAUACGACGUCAUAAGUUUUAGUGUUUUUGUGUUAUUUUUAUUAAUUUACACGUACAAUAUUAUUUAGAAUUUGCUAAACGGCUAAACGCGUUUUAAGAUACAACAAAUCAAAGGAGAUAAUAGAUAUGCAAGGAGAAAAGUAGGCCAAUAUAUAUUUGAGAUAUUAACAUAGUAAACUCAACUCAAAAAAACUAAACAUUGAAAGUUAAAUUGUAACAAGAAAUACCACCUUACCUUAAAAGAAAAUGAGAAGAAAUGCGCGAUCAGUUCAUCAAAAUGAAGACCUUGCUCUGUUCUCCGCAGCCACAGCUGCGGCAGACGAUUUUCUUCAAAUGGAAAGACUGCCCGAACGUGGUGGUGGUGGCGGCGCCCAUAUAUCAAAUACACAGCAUCGCUUUGAAAACACCAUAGAAGCAAAAGUGGAACCAGGCGACACCUUACAGGCCAUUGCUUUACGAUUUCAUUGUUCCGUGGCAGAUAUCAAGCGGCUGAACAAAAUAGACAAAGACAAUGAAAUUCAUGCUCGUAAAGUUGUUAAGAUUCCAGUGACUGUAUACAAUGUUCUUUUGGAUAAUCUACCUACGGUACACAAAAGUGGAAAUAGUAGUCCGAAGAUUAAUGCGAAAGUAAAUGGAAAUGGCAGUCGAGAUAGUGACAGUGGGCUAAGCAGUAUAGUUCGAAAUCCUUUGGACGAUGCACAGGCUAUGUUAAGUGAGAAAUUAAUGGUCGCCUCUGUAAAUUCAUCAGGUGGCGAUGGUCCAUCUACUAGCAGAGGUUUGGCAGGGGGUGAAAUUCAUAUAAAUAAUAUAAUAAUGAAUUCCAAACUGAAACCCGGAAGUACAUACCACGACGAAGAAAUCGUUUCAGCAGAUUUAAAUGAUGCCUCCGCUCCUCUCAUCACCGAUAUAUUGGACGAUUCGACAAAUGUGCCUAAAAUCCAUCGUAUACGAGGACCUUCGCUGCGUACCAUCGAUUGGUCGGGAUCUGAUUGUGAUAUGUCUUGGAUAUGUCUAUUCGUUGUAAUAUUGGCUUUGUGUUUUGUCAUACCCUUAAUCUAUGUAUUCUAUAUUGCGGAACAUGCACACCACAAUGUCACAGGGUCAACAACCACUGCCACACACCAUUGACUUUGAUUACAAAGGAUCAUUUAAAACCUCAAAAAAACCCCACUCAGUUCCCACUCGGUAGUUAUACGGAUUUAAAAAAAAACAUAUAUGGAAAUAUAUAAAAUGACAAUUCAUUUCACAUUCAUUCCUCGCGAAAUAAAAUAAAAGAACACACAUACACCCAGGAAAAGUCUUUACAGGAUUUGCUUAAAGAAAAAAAAAAAAUUUUAAGCAGGUGAUUUUUUUAACAUCCUUGGUUUCUCUAAGAAAAUAUCAUUUAUUCUAAAAACUAAAAAUAUACCUAAUUGUAUAUAAAAUGCAAAUUCCCCUAACUUACAAUAACAAUACAUUUAAAUUAUUUAAAUUAAACUCAAUAUUUUACACUAAUUUUUUUAUGGCAUUCUACUAGGUACAUAUGUUUAGUUUUAUUUAAGCGCAAACCAACAAAGAAACUUCCAAAUUUUAGUGUUUUUAAAACAUCGAUUUUAUUAUUAUACAGAUACGUACAUAGGCUUACACGAGGUGUAUAUUUAUACACUAUGAAAACAGAAAAAACAAACAAAUAAAGAAGAAGAAUAUGUAUAAAAAUUUUUAAGAUAUCAAUAAAAGAUAAUUAUAAUUUGGAAA